AUAGAUAAUAUUCUUGAUAAGUGCAUUUUUUCGGCAAGAGCAAGAUUAGUUGGUUCAAUUCAUUCCCACGAGGUAGACGGAAUCAUCGCAAUGUCCACUCUGGAUUUCUACAACAUGGCCGGUGCGCCGGGCAGUCUGGCCGUCAUUAUGACGGCCAAGGCUGUGGGAGUGGAACUGAACUCCAUUAACGUGAAUACCACUAAAAAUGAACAUCUAAAGCCGGAGUUCGUAAAGAUUAACCCGCAGCGCACCGUUCCUACACUGGUGGACAAUGGAUUCGUCGUCUGGGAGACCCGUGCCAUCGUGGUCUACCUGGUGGAGAAGUACGGCAAACCGGACUCCUCUCUCUAUCCCAAGGAUCCCCAGAUACGUGCAGUGAUCAACCAGAGAAUGUACUUCGACAUGGGCACCCUUUACGAUGCUUUUGAUAAAUAUUACUUCUAUAUCCUGCGCAAUGGAAAAGAGGAAACCGAGGAGAACUUGGAGAAACUCAACGCAGCCUUUAAAUUACUCAACACAUUCCUGGAGGGUCAGGAUUACGUGGCCGGUAGUCAGAUGUCCGUAGCUGACUUUGUUAUAUUCGCAACUGUCCUCGUAAUCAGAGUAGUUGAUUUUGAUUUGAAGGAAUUCCCCAACGUGGACAGAUGGUUCACAAAUGUCCAAAAUGUUCCUCUGGCUUGGGCUCAAGACCUACGAGUAUUGUGUGAUGUGAAAAAGUUUCUGUGCUCCAACUUAAAAAAGUAAUUGCCUUAAGUUAAUAUUUAAUGUAACAAGUCAUAUAUGAAAACGGUUUCGUUUAAACAAUAAUAUUUCUAAUUUAAUAUGAAUUAAAAAUUGUUCUUCAAAUGUGUUACAUUUAUAGGCAGCUAAUAGACACACGAAAAUCUUUAAUAAUUAUUUCUAAAUUAUCUCUUAAAUGUAUAAUUGUUUUAUU